GGGUGGAGGAACUGGUGGAGGAGAGGCUAAAGCAGGAGGAACGACGGAGCAAUUUUCGCACCGACUGACUUUCCGUCUGAUCUGUCAACGCGCGAUGUCGCCCAACAUAUCCACGACACGAUUCGUUACGUUCUGCGUAGCAUCGCUGCUCACCAUGCUGACCGGCGCACAGUGCGUUCACAAGAUCUACAAACCGCUCGACGACCUGGAGGAUCUGGUUGAACAGAGACUACAGGAGAGACGGAAAGAACUGCAGAAGGAAUAGUGUCGCGGAAGAAUGUAUCUAGUGUAAUAAAUUAUUACUGUUCUUUUUUUCUACGAAAACGAGUGAUUAAUACGGAUAAUAUACCUAUAAUUCGAUCAUA